AUGCUCUUCUCAUCAACUGAAACCCCUUGCGAACAAUCUUCAGGAGUUGCGCAGUCUCAACCUCGAGACUACUCUAUGAAUUCAUCAAGUAAUAAUAAUCAAAUAAAUCCUCAGAAUCUCUACGGGCAGUUCCCAUGGUUCCGAGAUGCCUGUAUUCAUGAAGGAUCCGAAAGUACCGACAUCACUGAUGCGACUUGUCAUGUCAAGCGACCAAUGAAUGCCUUCAUGGUGUGGUCACGUGAAGAACGACGUAAAAUGGCCCAUGCCAAUCCCAAAAUGCAUAAUUCGGAGAUUAGCAAGCGUCUGGGAGUUGAGUGGAAACGUCUCUCGGACUCAGAAAGGCAACCAUACGUUGACGAGGCAAAACGUCUGCGAUCUAUUCAUAUGAAACGGUAUCCCGAUUACAAGUAUCGGCCAAAAAGAAAGACCAAGCAUUGUAUGAUGAUGGCAAUGAAUAUUUCUAGGGAGAGGGGAACUCAUAACCCCCACAUGCUUCUUCCUGGAUUUCCAAAUUUUGCUGGGCUUUAUCCUAAUUAUUUCCUCAAUCCAUUUGCUGGCCCUGUUUUACCGAACACACAGAUGCCACCAACGACUUCUCAAUCAGGUAUACGAAUGCCGUCUCCUUCUGAUCAGAUGCUAUUCAACUUUAUGCGAGCAAAUUUUCAAUCUGGUACCCCCUCAAUAAAUUCACUUCUGAAUAAAGGCCCCGAUGAAAGUACAUUGAAAGCGACAAAUUCUUUUUCGAGCCCUUUAUCCAACCCGAUUACUACUACUACUACUGCCACUCAGAUUUCACUACCAUUUCUUCCUGAAACUAGUCUACCUUCGGCGAAUUCUUCGGAUAGCUCUUCAUCAUCACUAGCAUUCAGCGCAGACUCACUUCUUCAAAUGUCACCCGUAAAGAUGCUGCCCCCUCCACCCCCCAGCUUUGAUUUACUUAAGUCGUUGUGCUCAUCUGUUUAUCAAGAGAAGCAAGAGAGCAAUGGUGACCCGGACGUGAUGAAUUCAGCCUGGUUCAAGUACCUAGCUGCCGCUGUCUCUAACCUACGUGAUAAAGAUCAGGCGGUAGCACUCUCCUUACAAAAAGAUCCCGACGACCAACAACCUGAAGCUUUGAAUCUCAACAAGGCUACUGCUUCUGCUGCUGCUGAGCUUGAAGUUCAGAUUUCGAGAGAUUAG